CCGCCCCCUCAGGCGGGGCAGCAUGGCGGCCCCGGCCGGCGGCCCCCUCGCGCCGCUGCUCGACACGCUGGAGGACCCCGACGCCUCCCCCGGGGAGCACACCGACGCCUACCUCACCCUGGGAAGUCGUUUGACAGGGGAAGAAGGAAAGGAAUUUGUGCUAGAAAUCGGGAAGCAGCUUUCUCGCCUUAGUAAAGUGUUUCAGGUUCACAUUUCUCACCAGAACUCGGAGCUGAAUUGUGCUGCACUACAGGCUUUGGGAUUUUGUCUGCAUAAUUCCAAAAUUUCAUCAGGAUUAUCAGAAUCGGAAAUGGAAAGAUUGCUUUCAGAAGUGAACAGUAUUGCUGAGAAGACUUCAGACAAAAACACACGCACUCGAGCACUUUGGGUCCUGUCUAAGCAGACUUUCCCUGCUGAAAUUGUUGGCAAAGUGGUGCCCAGUAUAAUUGCCACAUUAGAAAGAGUAUUUAAUAAAGAAGAUGUGCAUUCUAUGGUAGUUGAUUAUGAAGCCCUAAAUGUCAUUAUACGUCUAUUAGAGCAAGCUCCGGUUCAGAUGGGAGAAGAAGCAGUAAGGUGGGCCAAGCUGGUCAUACCUCUCGUCGUGCAUUCAGCCCCAAAAGUGCACCUGCGGGGUGCAGCCGCCCUGGAGUUGGGAAUGCCUCUGUUGCUUCUGAAACAGCAAGAAGUGGCGGCUAUAACAGAGCAACUCAUGACUACUAAAUUGAUUUCUGAACUCCAGAAGUUAUUCAUGACCAAAAACGAGACCUAUGUUUUGAAAUUAUGGCCUCUAUUUGUCAAGCUUCUAGGCAAGUCUUUGCAUCGAAGUGGGAGUUUUAUCAACUCAUUAUUGCAACUAGAAGAACUUGGAUUUCGCAGUGGCGCUCCAGUGAUUAAAAAAAUAGCCUUCAUUGCGUGGAAGAGUCUCAUAGAUAAUUUUGCUCUUAAUCCAGAAAUACUGUGUAGUGCAAAGAGACUGAAGUUACUAAUGCAGCCUUUGAGCUCUAUCCACGUGAGAACCGAAGCCCUGGCACUUACUAAAUUGGAAGUGUGGUGGUAUUUACUGAUGAGGCUCGGAUCUCAUCUACCUGCUAAUUUUGAACAGGUUUGCGUUCCACUGAUUCAGAACACUUUAAGUAUAGACUCAAAUGCUCCAUCUCAAGGCACUCCCUCCCGAGGAGCAGCUAAUCAAAGCUUAAACAGUGUAACUUCUGGGCAAAAAGCAGGAACUUUCCCAUUUGGAAGCUCGGUGACUCCCAGGAUGAAUCUGAGUACGAGUGUAGGCGGAAUGGCCGCAAUUCCAUCCAUUCAGCUCUUGGGAAUUGAAAUGCUGCUUCACUUCUUGUUGGGACCAGAAGUUUUGGAGUUUGCCAAGCAAAAUAAACUGGUGCUUAGUUUAGAGCCUCUUCAACAUCCUUUAAUCAGUAGCCCUUCAUUUUUUUGCAAGCAUGCAAAUACACUUAUCGCUGCAGUCCAGGAUGGCUUCAUUGCUGUUGGAAAAGAUGCUUCCGAUGCCAUGAUUAACGCUAUUUGGAUGGAUCUGAUUGGUUUUGUAAAGUCUGUUAUUGAAUCAGGUAACAAAAGAGAGAGACAAGGUUCGGAAGUAUUAACCCUCUUGCUACAGGCUUUGAAAAACAUAGUGACGUCGAAUGCCCUUCCUGUGUCGAAGACAUUGGUUCUGAUAGAAGCAACAAUUAAAAACCUGCCUCAGAAAGUAUUAGGCUCACCAGCCUAUCAGAUUGCUAACAUGGAUCUCCUUAAUGGAACUCCAGCCUUGUUUUUAAUUCAGCUUAUUUUCCACAAUAAUCUUUUGGAAAAUGGUGCAACGGAUGAAAGGUUCUUCCUAAACCUGGAAACCCUUGUAGGUUACGUUCUUUCUGGACCAACAUCUCCACUUGCUUUCAGUGAAUCCGUCCUCGGUGUUAUUAAUCAAAACGCAAAGCACCUGAAAAAUAGGGAACAUCUUUGGAGGAUGUGGAGUAUUAUUGUCAACCCUUUAACUGAACUUAUAAACCGGACCAAUGAAGUAAACCAGGGAGAUGCCUUAGAACACAAUUUCAGCGCUGUAUAUAGUGCGUUGAUACUACCUAUAAACCACAUUUUUCCAGCAGAGGACUUCCCACCGCCCUCCAUGAAGUCCUUACUGCGAACCUGGUCAGAACUGUAUCGAGCAUUUGCCCGCUGCGCAGCCUUGGUAGCAACAGCCGAAGAGAACUUAUGCUGUGAGGAACUCUGUGCCAAGAUAAUGUUGGGAAUGGAUGAUGAAGCCUUAGCAAACUUGCCUCUUUUGGAUGGGAUUGUUCACAUUAUAACAGUAAUGGUUGACUGCAUCGAUUUUUCACCAUACAGUACUAAGUAUCAGCCAAUAAUUAAAUCACCCCAGACCCCUACAGAUUGGUCCAAGAAGAAGAAGGAGCCCCUAGGGAAGCUGGCCUCUUUAUUUAAAUUUAUUGUGAGGGCGAUCAACUCUUUCCAUCGGCUCAGUUCCAAAGAACGCCCCGAAGCUCUCCUUCCCAUCGGUAGUUCAAUCGUGAGCAUCAUAUCCAGUGUCUUGGGCCACAUUUCUUUGCCUUCAGUGAUUCGGACGAUUUUUGCAACUUUGGCCAGACCUUUGGCACUGUUCUACGAAAACUCAAAGUGUGAUGAUAGGCCCAAAAUAUACAGCAGCCUCAGCAAUAAGUUAGAAAAGCUUCUGGGAGAGAUUUUCCUCUGCUUACAGUCUCGCUACACUGGAAAUUAUGAUAAUGAGCUUUUAGAACAGCUUUCACCAUUUCUGGGCAGCAUAAUCCUGCAUAAGAAUAAGCAGAUUCGAAAUCAGAGUGCUCAAUUCUGGAACGCAACAUUUGCUAAAGCGACCAUGCUAAUGUAUCCUGAAGAGUUGAAGCCUAUAUUAAAUCAAGCCAAACACAAAACUCUACUUCUGCUCCCUGGUUUUGAAAGUGUUGAUGUAGUCGAGGAAUCUAGCGGGCCAUAUUCAGAGCCAACUGAAAACACACAGUUGGAAGCAAAGAUAAGUGGUGUAAAAGUCAAGUCAAGUGGGAAACGGAAUUCCUUGUUGUCGCAAGCAAAAGAUUUGAAGGAAAAAAAUCCGAAGCCACCAGCUAAGUUGAAAUUGGAAUUUUCAUCUCCUAAAGUGAAAAAUGAGAUUCUUUUGGAAGAGGAGAAGUCUGCUGAUUUUGUAUUUAUUCCUCCAGAAGGAAAGGAAACAAAAGCAAGAACACUGACUGAACAUCAGAAAGAAAAGCUUAGAACAAAAAGAGUUGACAUCCCUGUUAUGUAUAAUAACCUAGACGUAUCCCAAGACACAGCAUUAUUUUCUCAAUAUUCUCAAGAAGAGUCUAUGGAAAAAGGGACUCUGAUUGAAGAACCAAAGGAUAAUCCUUCCGAAUUUCAGGAGGAAGCGAUGAAUAGUGAAUUUGGAAACACGAAUAAGCAUCUUGAUAAAGCAUCUACUCGGAGUAACGAAGGUGUUCCUCCAAAAAGAAAUUUGGAGUUGUUGAGCAGUAAGAACGACAUAGAAAAAAAUACUAGAAGAAUUUCCAAGUCCCCUUCUCCAGAACAUUCACUCCUAAGCGUCUGUUCAUCAUCUAGCGGAAUUGUGACGCCACCGCAACCCACAAGUCGCAGGCAGUCCUUCAUUACCUUGGAGAAGUUCGAUAGUUCGGAGAAUAGACCUUUUAGUCCAUCUGCCUUGACCACAGCAUCCGGAGCCUCUUCAGUUGAUUCCGUGCCCGAGGGUCAGGGUGCAACAAGCACUUUAGCUAAAGUAAAGGCUCAAGCAGGGAAAUCCUCCAGACCCGACUCCGAAAAAGUUGUGGUUGGGGUGAAAAGAGCAAGUCGCAGACAAAAUAAAGCCGAGCAGUCUGGAGGCAAGAGAGCUAAGUUCUUAACACGGCCGGAACAGGAGAAAAAUAAUCCAGAAUCGCCAUCCGUGGAAAGUAAACAGAUAUGUCCCCAUGGACAAAUAACCGAAAAAGCAGGUAGACUCGAUCCCCAGUCUAACGUACCUGGCUCUGCAUCACUGGAAGAUGAAACAACAGAUCGGGACCUAAAGGAAGAAAACGUUGCGUCAGGUGAAAAGGCUAUGGAAGGAGAGUGUGAGGUGGGACCCAAUUUGGAAUCCAAAGAAAAUACACCUCCGGAAGAAAUACAGACAGAUCCAAUGUCUAACGAGGACAGCCAGGGGCCACAGAUAGCAUCCAAUCAGAAACCACUUAGGCGGUCCUCGAGACGACGAUCGGAAAAUGCAGAGUGUGCCACCGGUAGCCAAGACAAAGAAAACAGCCACCAAAAAAAGGAAAGGCGAAAAGAGGAAGAAAAAUGUCCCCAAAAGAGGAUUUCUCAACUAAAAGAUGACUUUUCACCAAAGCAGAAACAGGCUUCUGCAAAAGUUAGAGAUGAGCAAGACGACACGUGUAGGAAGGAGAGCAAUUUGCCUGAAAAAACGACCGAAGAAACCACCAGCGAAACCGAAAUAAACAAAAGUAUUAAAAAAGAAGUUGAGAAUUUAAAAUCUGACGGAGAUAGUCAGGACUCCGGCUCAGAUAAGGCUGGUGAGAAACCAGCAAGGGGACGCACCCGAUACCAAACAAGAAGAGCAUCGCAGGGUUUGCUCUCUAGCAUUGAAAACUCCGAGUCGGAUAGUUCUGAAACGAAAGAAGAUGGUUCUAAAAAGAAACGACCUGGGAAGUGGAAAAACAAAACCAGGGACCCUCUUGAAGACAAAGAGAGGGAAGAAAAGAUAGGGAGUCAAGAGUAUGUAGCAUCAGAAACUGUGUCAGAAGCUAGGAGUUUGGAUGUGCAAAAUAAGAGUGAAAUGAGUCCUGAAGAAGACCCGAAGAUUUCAUUAAUAUCUCAGACUUGUGAAGCGAAAGAUGGAGGGAACUCUUCAACUAUUAACCAAUGUGCUGAUGUGUCAGAGGUCGGUGAGCAGAACAGAAAUGGAAAACUCAAAACUGACACUGCUAAAGAAGACUCACGUGUAAGCCCGUGCGUUUCUGAGCCAGUUUUGAGAACAAGGCAUGCAGCUAAAAGCUUGAAUAUGGAAGAUUCCACAGUGCAUUCCGACAGAGAUUUCUCAGUUAUCUCUUCGCCCUCUGAAAAACCUCUACCGACUCCGGAGUGCCACCAUAAGAGAAGUAGGAGGGUGAGGAAGUCAAAGAGUUGUGAUUGCUGUGGAGAAAAGUCACAAUCUCAAGAAAAGUCAUUCACAGAGCUAAAGAGCCCUGAUGAUCGUCAACAUUUAAACCCCAGUGAACACAAAAAGACAGGUGCCCAGACAACCGUUACUGCAGCGGAAAAUUUUCAGCUCUCCCCUCUCUCGGAAAAAAAACCCUUGAAGGAAACUUGGGCUCUUAAGGAUUCAUUGAUUGACUCUGUGCUUGAAAGUGAGAAGAAAGAAAGGUCUGCGGGAUUGUUUCAGGAACCUCUUCCCGUAGAAAGGGUUGGUUUUGAAAAUAAAACCAGCUUCAGUGACGGAAUCCUUGAGAAGCAGGGGCCGACUGAAGUGGACGGCCAGGCUGAUAAGCCACGCUUACUAAAUGAUGAUGACUCCUUAGAUCCUUUAGAACGUGAUCCCGUUGUAGAGAUGCAAACAGAAGUGCCGGUAACUUCGUUAGAAGAGGAAAUGAAUAAAAAUGGGAAACCAGAGAAAGUGGCCAGUCCUGGAGAUGAACUCAAAGCACCCACUGAUAAAGAUGAGUCUGAAGACAUGGACACUCACUGUGCUGAGCCUGAAGAGACAGAGGGGAAAGAAACGGACACUCAGUGUGCUAAGUGUGAAGAGGCAGAUGGGGGAGGAAUGGACACUCACGAUUCCAAACCUAAACAGGAUGAGGAGGAAAUGAUGGACGCUCAGGAUGCUGAACCCAAAGAAAUAAAGGCCGAAGAAAUGGGCAACCCAGGUGCUGAAUCCCAACGAGCAGAGGUGGAAGAUGGGGAUGUUCGAGGCACGGAAGCCAAACGGAAGGAGGAGGAAGACGUGAACGCUCAGCCCGUGAAACCUGAAAAAGUAGAGGCAGGAGAGAUGGGAGCUCAGAGUGAUGAAAGUGAUGUGAACACAGCAUUUAAGCCUGAAGAGAAUGCCGAAUCACUUAAAUUUGAAGUCAGUACUGAAGCCGACAAAUGUGAACAAGCAAAGGCAGAAGACAAGAAUGGUGAAGUAGUUCAACCUGGGGAACCAGUGGCUGAAGAAGGGACCGUUGAGGUGGAUAAACCUGCUGAAAGCAUUAGGGAUGUGGAGAAGUUGGAAGAAACCCCAGUUGACCAUGACCUUGAUCAGACUGGUCCAGAGAAAGUCAGCGAUGGGAUUUUUGAGGAAAUACAAUCAGCUCCAGUGGAAGUAGAGAAAACCUCAGUUUCCACUAAUGCAGUCUCAGAACAGAUCUUAGAAGAGAGUAAUGUUUCAUCUCCUCAGAAGCUAAGGGGGCUAGAUGCCACAGUAAAUGAAAGUCCCAGUGGAGUGCAGACACGUUGUGUGUGGUCUCCUUCAGCUUCUCCCUCCACCAGUAUUUUAAAAAGAGGAAUAAAAAGACCGCAAGAAGAUGAGACCCCAUCACCCGUCACCAAGAUUCGCCGAGUAUCCUUUGCGGACCCAAUUUACCAAGCAGGGCUGGCCGAUGAUAUUGAUAGGAGAAGCCCUGUUGUUCGGUCGCAUUCAUCAAACAGUUCCCCGACAGCUAGAAGCCUUAAAAUUCCAUCUAAUUCGCAAUCCAAGCAUAACACCACUCCAACCAAAGGAUUUCUGUCCCCAGGAUCACGUAGCCCUAAAUUUAAGAGCUCAAAGAAGUGUUUAAUGACCGAAAUGACCAAAGAAUCAAUGCUGUCCCCCAACGAAAGUGUAUAUCCAGCAUUGAUGAGCUGCGGAGCACCAAUUGACAUCAUUUUGCCUCAGAUUACUUCCAACAUGUGGGCAAGAGGUCUGGGACAGCUAAUCCGUGCGAAGAACAUCAAAACCAUUGGUGACCUGAGUACUCUUACAGCAGCUGAAAUCAAAAGUCUCCCUAUUCGUUCUCCAAAAGUUUCCAACGUUAAAAAAGCUCUUAGAGUGUAUCACGAGCAACAGAUGAAAUCCCGUGGAUUUGAAGAAAUUACAGCAUUGGAUGCUUCAGAUAAACUAGUGAAUGGAGUGGACAAUAAACCUACCUCUCCUGAUGAAGAAAGACUUGCUACAGAUUUGGUUGAGCCUGCUUCUUCAGUCACGGAGCCCCAGGAGCCUAAGGAUCUCCUGCUACAGAUCAAUUCUCUCGCGCUCCAACUGACUUCGGAAGCUCUCCACCAGUAUUCGGGAAGCCAGCUAUUUGAAAUGCAAGAGAAGCUUGGAAGCAUGACAAACUGCAUAAUGAGAAAUCUGCAGUCUCGUUGGAAAUCACCACCCCACGAAAGCUGCUCGUAGGGUCUCCUCUCAGAAGAAACCGUACACAACCUCGGAGUGAAGACACGACUUACAUUUGGUUUAGGUGAGGGGGAUCGCCAGCUCUGAAGUUUUCCAUAAAAAUUUUCAGACUUAAGACUGAAUAGUCACGACGAACUUUUAAGCGGGAGGAAGCCUAUCGUGAUGUAAGUUCAAUUAAAAGAUAAAAAAAACCUUGCGGGAUUGCUUUUUCAUGUAAAAUAUUUGUUUCCUGGCUGCUAUUCAUAUUCCAAGCAUUUUCAACCUGAAACCCCUUCUUCAGGAGACUUGUAAACAUCCGUAAUAAUUUCAGUAUGUUUUAAAUAUAGGAUGUUUUUAUUUCAGCUUUGUAUAUCACAUGCACAACAAAAGCUUAGAAUUGAAAUCGAAAAAGUAUGAGUUGUCAAGUCUUAAAAAUCUUUUUUUUUUUUUUUUUAACCUUUAGUAUUUUAAGUGACAACCUCUGUAGAUAAUCUCCUGUGAAAGAUGGAAUGGCCUUUGAAAACCAUCUGACUCCAAAAUUCACUUUUUUUAUAUAGCGGGAUUUUUUUGGACAGCUCUAUAUUCUGGAGUAAUUUCCCAUGGAUAUGUAGUCCUAAAGAGCAGACAUCAGACACAAAAGCCAUUUGUAUAUUUUGUAUAGGUUACAGAUACUGGUUUUAAUUUAUAACUUUGAACCUAGACUACUACCCUGCAGAUUCUCAUAAAGACCUUUUUCGUAAGAAUUGUUGGUUUUUCAUUGUGGAUACUGAUUUUUGUAUAUAUUAUGAAUUGUAGUAGCCGUAUGAAUGGGCUGGAGUUCUUGAUGCGAUUGCUGCAGGUAAUUUGAAAAUUAUCUUUGUACAAAUGAAACAGUCUUUUAAUUGAAGGCAACCUUAGCCUUAAGAUGAGUAAAUUUGGUUUUAUUUUAUGUAUACUAUUUUGAUGUGACAUAGUUAAAUGCCAAACAGCAGGCGGUAAAUGUUUUGAGAUUAGGUUAGCACGGAUUGGCAAACUAACAUUUGGGAGGAGGAGUCUUACCUUUUAGUAUUAAAUUUCCUACUUGUCUUCUAAUUGCCAAGAGAACGGGGUAGUAGAAAUCCAGUGAAAUGUUUGGCAAAGCCCCUCAAUCAACCAAAAGUAUUGAUAACAGCUGUGCAGGAAAGCCUUUGGGGGAACUGACCUCAAAGAGCUAACAGUCGGAUCAGUCCGCGGUUGGAUCCGUUGGACAGAUUCGUCCAGAUCUGCUACGGAGUGGCUCGUCUACCGUGGGUGUGAUUAGAUCAUGGAGUCGCUGGGCGGCUGCUCCCCAGUGCCCUCCCUUCCUUCUUUUUCUUUAGCAGAGGGACACGGAGCUGAAGAGGAGUAUUUAAGAGGGAGCCAGGUGACUCCCGGGAUGUCCUCUGAGCUGUUGAGGCCGACAGAGUGCCCUAGCCUUGAGCACCAAGUAAAGCCAGAUAGGGAAAGCGAGCGGUAUUUCUCUUUAAAUCAGUGUGGUUGCUACGCUCUCGACCUUUUAGAAAGGAAAGCAAAUGAAUAGGUCCCCAGAGAGCAGGGGUUGUGAAUAUUGGUCUGAUGAUAUUUCCUCGAAGCCCUUCUUGGAUGUCACCUGUUGAGGAUCGAGAAUCCCUUUGUCCUGGUUUUGGGAACAGAAAAGGAUGAGUGGAAAGCAAUAGCAAGCAGAAGCAGGUUGGUUUGGGAUAAAAUUCGGUUGAUUUACUAAGUGUGCUUCAGUGACAAAUCUGUGAAGGAAUUCUGUUUCGAUUUUGUUUAUAUUACGGAAUUAGGAACUUGUCCCCAGAUGACUCGCUAAUCCCUUUAAUUGAGCUUUUCUAGAAUAUUCACGUGGAUUUAGAAGUUUGUUAGAAAAUCCAGUUGUUUUUUUCAUAAUCAUUCUUUCAGAAAGCUCAUCUCUGUCACUGCCUUGGUUUGAAGCAAAGUACGGUGGACCAGAAGUCUCUUUUUCUUCUUACCCAGCUUCUCCUUUCCUUCUGAUUCCUUUGUCCAGUUCUUCUACCCCAUUCGCCUCCUUAGAAUGUAUUCAGUCUCUCUUCUGGUAUUUGAAGUUUCCUUUAUGGGAUGUAUGUGCGCACCCUUACGAUAGCUUUCCUUUAUGGUACUUGGGAAUGAGUUGGCUCUGGGUUUUUUGCAACCUGAGACCGUAAAUUACAAUUGGAGCAGUAAUUUUAAGGAGGAAUAAGAUCAGCCUUGUGACCGAACCACGUACCCACCACUCUGACCGAGAGUUGUGGAUCCAAGCACUGAACACUCCCCAUGAUUUACAACUGAACAUAUCUCAGGUAAAGAUUUCCGAUUUCAGGUAAAGUGCAGUUCAGAAGUUCAGGUUGUUGAAAUUCUAGUGACGGCUUCCAAGAAAUUUUGAGGGCUGAAUCUUAAGUAAUGGAGUUUUUUCAUUUAUGUAAACUUAAUCCUCCCCAAAAAAAGACUCCAAGAGUCUGGUUGAAAAAGACUUUAAAGCCCAAUUCUUCUCAUCACCUCCUCAAUUAGAGCAAUCAAUAGUGUUUAUUGAGCACUUACUGUGUGCUCUGCUUGGAAGAAUCUUAUACCACAGAUCUGGUAGACACAUUCAUUGCCCACAGGGUGCUUGGAGUCUCCACAGAGGUCAGCAAAAGAUAAAAAUAAGUAGAUUUGGAAUGCCCAGAGUCAUUGAGAAGUCUCAUUUCAGGAGCAUUCUUGCAAACUACAGGCUGGUGGCUUUGUGUUAGAUGGGAUUCGACUGGGCUUAAUUAACAGGUCAUUCACAUGCCUUCAUUCAGUGAUGGUUUAUGGUAUUUAGAGCCCAGGGCACUGCUUGACCCUGAAGCUUGUGUGUUUCUGACCUACUGGAUUCAAAAGAUCAGGAAUUGAUAUUGAACAGAACCAGACCAAAUUUCAAGACUACUUUAGUUCUGGGAUAUGAAAGCAAAACCCAGAAUAGCAGGGGAAAGGAGGGGGAUGACUCAGAACUGCACCAGGCAGUUGUGCAGUCUUGAACAAAGAAGAAACUGAUAGAGACAUGGAAAAUGCAUCCAAGAUGAGUCACUUUUCUGCUCAGCCCUAAACUUGCAACUUCGUUGGCAUUAAGCUGUUGUAGCUAGGCCAACAAGGCUAGGCUCGGUCUCCCCGCAGUUUGCUCUUUUGGGUGUUUUUGAGAUGGCGCCCCACUAGCUACGAGACCCAACUCCAGCAGUGAAUGGUGGUAUUCGGUUCCUUGUGAAAAUCCUUUUUCCGACCUCUCGGAGCUGUCUUGCACUUUAUAUAGAGUUAAUAUCACUUGGCUCCCCUUUUUGUGUGUGUGUGUGUGUCUGUCCCAUUAAACUCGUUUAAGAUCAAAGACUAGACAUCAAGAGUAGAAGCAUGAAAAGGUAGCUGUGAAAUAGAAGCAAGAGGGGAACCUCUGAUCAGUUGGGAAGAAAAUGAAUGAGAUCUAGCUGAUCCGUACUACUUGUCAACUGGUGGUAGGGAAAAAAAGAUGCUGCUUUUCUUUCUUUGUUGUGUAAAACUGAAGAGCAGUUUUGAUGAGAUCUAGCUGAUCCAUAAUACUUGUAAACUGGUGGUAGGGAGGGAAAAAAGAUGCUGCUUUUCUUUCUUUGUUGCGUAAAACUGAAGAGCAGUUUUGGUGUGUGUCUUCCAAGAUUCCUUUGAACUGCUCCUGUGUGAGAUAACAGGAGAGGGGUUUUCCCCAUUCUUCAGGCAAAAUUCUCAGUGUGGUGGAUCACCAGAAAAUGUGCCCCUAUAUUGGAGUCCAAAUACACCAAGCUUAGGGUUUGGUGGGGGUUUUUUAAAUAGAAAAACGCCAAAAUAAAUUUUAAAUGUCUCCCCAGAGUAAGCAUAAGGGCCACGGUAAGAUACGUAAAUUCAGCUAGUCUGUGAAUUGGUAUAAAGUCAUUCAGCAGCAAUGGUGGGGAAAAUUUUAACCAUAGCAGAACUGAUUGAUGCAACCCUCUACUUCCUUAGAUCUGUCCGUUUAUUUAAAAAGACUAAAACGCGGAGAGCAUGGUCUUUCUUAAAAGAGGAACAUAGUAGUUGUAUUUCCUGUGAAAUUGUUAUAGGGAAUGACGAUAAAAGCCUAAUUAUAAGUAUUGUCUGAUUAAGACCCCGGCCGUCUUAUCGGGGCUUAAUUGGUGGAGGUGAGCGUCCAGGGAGAUUGUGGGUUUGCUCCCUCACCGCAAGGUUGAGUUCUCUGUUGGGUGCUUUCACCAGCUGUCCUUGGAGACAUCUGGGCAGUAACUGGCCAUGAAAGGGUGUCCCUUGGGCUUGGCAAAUUGCAAGGAAAGACUUGAAGCUUCUCCUGGACUACAGCAGAUUGCUCUCUGUUAAUAUUUCACUGAAAGAGCCACUCUCCCCUAAAGCACUUUAGAAAUAUAUAACUGGAGAACAGCACCGGUAUAUGGGUUCUCAACAGGUCAUUUUCUUGGCAAAGUUAGACCAGCCCAGAGCUGUUUGACAGGGGAGGGUCUUGAUGCAGAGGCAAUUGCGUCAAAGAGGGGAUGGAAUUCAGGGGUUUCAGGCUUUUCGAUGUGGCCAUCUGUGGGGACGCUUGCUCCUUCUCCCCCAGCGCUGUUCGGAGUGGAAGGGAAAGGGUCUGCGCUGCAUUAGAAUUUUGUUGCUACUGUCGGACUUUGUCUCAUUUUAACUUACAUGGGAGGGUUCAGAGUGGAGUUGAUUCGAAUCAGAUCUUAAAUUAGAACAUAACCGAGUGACGGUAUUUUGUUUCAAACAAGUGAGCUUGUUCAUUUUUAUAUAUACCGAUGGCAGUCCCGAUUCAGAGCUAGGCUUCACUCCCCGCCCCCCCCCCCCUUUGCAGAUUAGUUUUGCAGUUUUUGUACCAACACUAAUUGAAGUUGCUUGGGAAGUGAACUAACCGAGUCACAGAAUUAAUCACGGAUCUUCGUAGGGUAUUUUUGCUACUUCAUAUUGGCAGCAAGAAGCACCACCAAACUGUUCGGCAAGGAAAAUAAUCUUCACGCUAAGCUUUACUGCCGAACGCCUAUCUCCAGGACUUUUCGAUUCCUUCCCUCUCCCCCAACAUGUCUCUAUUUCAUUUAACUUCCUGCCAACUGCACUUUUUAGAGGAGGAGAGUUAAUUAAGGCUGAUGAGUCUGGAAGCAGACUUCUUUUAUUUUCCAUCCCUAUGCAGUGCCAUAUGGCCUUACGGCCAGAGUUCAGGAGUCUAGUUCUCAUUUACUUGGGGAAUUUUAGAGCUUCAAGGGGGAAAAUAGUGCUUUAGUCCACUUCAUAUGUGGAAUAGACCUGGUCCAGGUCUAAUCCUGGUCACCUUGGAUUUGCUUGCAAUUCUUAAAAAUACUUAUUAAUGGGAAAUGUAAUAAAAACGUUGACUUACCCGGUUCUUUCUCUGAAAAGAUUUCCUCUGGUACUACCUCUGCUCUGUCUUGCCACCGCUCUAAUGCACGUACACAUUGUGCUAGAGCCCGUUCCUUAGCUGUAAAAGAGGCAUCGGUCACGAGGGCAGCUUGAAAGAGAAAUUCCCUUUCUCGUUGCUCUGUUUUGCAGGAAUUAUAUUUGUGUUAUACACGGGCGUUAAGUUUCACCUGUGAAAGGAAGGCUGCGGUUGGUUAGUAACUGUCCAUUUGGCCCUGUGGCUGCCUCUUCCUCCCCCCUCACCCUCUUUCUAUCUCCACUAAAGAUGGAGACUUCUGAUAUUGUAUCAUUGCGGAAGGCAGGAAAAAAAAAAAAGAACCUGGUACAGUCCGGUCACUGUCAGGUUCCAAACGAUUCCCGUUUCCCCUAUGACACGUGGUGCCUGACACGAACCCAUUUUCUAAAAUAGUUUAGUUUUACAUUAGCAGAAGGUUUCUAUAUUUGAUAAGCAAAUAGUCUUCAUGGAAAUGCAGUUGCUAACAAAUGUUACCGAAGGGAAAAUACUGGUAAAAAUUAGUUUUUGUUGCACUUUUUCCUCACUGUUAAAUAAAAACGUCAAAGUAAAAAA